AUGCGUCAUAUGGUGGAGAUCCAAAACCAGACUAAGAUAAAGGGGUACUUAAACAUCUUUUCCUUUACCCCCCCUUUGGCAUUCCGAUGGAGAAUGGCUCGCAGGAUCAAGGACAUCAACAUCGACUUGAAAAUGAUCGGAGAUGAAGCUACUACCUAUGGCCUCCAGAAAGUUGCGAAUUAUGCUCUCAUUGUGCCUUCGGCCCGGGAAACUGACAGCAUAACUGUUGAUCCAAUUGUCGUUGGAAGACAAAAUGAUGUAUCAGAAGUUGUGAGGCAGAUAACUGGACCUGUCAAUGAAGUUCUUUCAGUCCUUCCGAUAGUUGGAAUGGGAGGGCUUGGCAAGACAACCUUAGCUCGGUCGGUCUUCAAUCACCAGCACACACACAGUCAUUUUGCCCUUAGGAUUUGGGUAUGCGUUUCUGAAAAUUUUGAUGUGAUGACGCUUUUUAAAAGGAUUCUGGAGUCCUUAGGAGAAAGUUUUCAAGGAGCCAGCAGGCAAGCUGUUGUGGAUAUGCUUCGAGAGAAAUUGGUAGGCAAAAGAUACUUGCUUGUUCUUGAUGAUUUGUGGAAUGAAAAUAGAGAAGCUUGGGAGGAUUUCAAAAAUGCAAUGGCUGGAGUUAACCCCAACAGAGGAAAUGUCAUCGUGGUGACUACACGUCAGCAAAGUGUGGCAUCAAUUGUGAGAUCUUACAGAGAUCCAUACAGCUUGAAAGAAUUAACAAAUGAUGAAUGUUGGUCUAUCAUCAAAGCAAGGACCUUUCGAGAUGCAGAAGUACCAGAACAAUUUGAGAAAGUUGGAAAGGAGAUUGCUCGAAAAUGUAGAGCAGAGGCAGAGGCAGAGGCAGAGGCCAAACGAAAACAAAGAAUGAAUGCCAGCCAUUUGGAUUAUUAA